AUGUCAUCAUCAGAAGAAGAAUUGAUUGUAUUGUUCCAAAAAGUUGGAUUUGAUGAGAAAAAGUCAAAGGAUAUCGCCAAGAACAAGAAAGUAGCUGGGUUGUUGGAAUCCGUGUUGGCAAAGUCAUCGGUUGACUCAUACACCGAUGAAAAAAAAUUGACCUUGUUGCACCAAUUGGCAGUAUUGGAGAAUAAACAUGGAAAAGCGAUUCCUCAUGUGGAGUAUUUGAUUAAUGGGAUCAACAACGAUGAGAUAAAGACUAAUUUGCAGAUUUCUGAGGGGAUCAAGUACUUGCAAGCUGAAUCGUCACCUAAGCAAGAUGCCUUUAACGAGGCAACUGGUGUUGGUGUAGAAAUUGGAGAGCCGCAAGUGAAGGAAGAGAUUGCGAAGUACCUUGAUUCGAUCAGUUCAAAGUUGGAAUCUGAGAGGUACGCCAUUUUGCCAAAAGUUUUGUCUGAGGUCAAAGCUCAACCAUCUUUGAAAUGGGCGCCACCCAAUUUAUUCAAGCCAGUUCUAGACGAGUUGUUUUUGGCCAGAUUGGGACCAAAGGAUGAAAGGGAUGUGAAGAAAAAGGAAAAGAAGAAACCAGCUACUUCCGCCUCUGCUACUGCUGCUACUGCUGCUGCUGCUGCUGCUACCGCAACAACCAAGCAGGAACCAGAAAGAUCCAUGUUUUCUGAAGGAUUCCUUGGCGAUCUACACAAGCCUGGCGAGGAACCACAAAAGUAUCCUGAAUUAUUAGAGGCCCAUCGUGAAUUCAUCAAGGGCCAAGUGUAUACCCGAUUCCCACCUGAACCAAAUGGAUUUUUGCACAUUGGACAUUCAAAAGCCAUUAUGGUUAAUUUUGGGUUUGCCCAAUUCCACAAAGGCAAAUGUUAUUUACGUUUUGAUGAUACUAAUCCUGAAGCUGAAGAGGCCAAGUAUUUUGAAUCCAUUAAGGAGAUGGUUGCAUGGUUGGGUUACGAACCAUGGAAGAUUACCUAUUCCUCCGACUACUUUGAUGAGCUUUUUGAACUAGCAGUCAAGCUCAUUAAGUUGGACAAAGCUUAUAUCUGUCACUGUACGCCUGAACAAGUUAAACUAGGACGUGGACAACGUGAGGAUGGCUCUAUGGGAGGUGAGCGAUUUGCUUGUGAGCAUCGAUCACAAUCAGUUGAGCAUAAUUUGGCAGAGUUUUUGGCAAUGAAGGAAGGCAAAUAUGCCACUGGUGAGGCCACUUUACGUAUGAAACAAGAUUUGACUAGUCCUUCACCACAAAUGUGGGACUUGGUGGCAUAUAGGGUAUUGAACAAGCCACAUCAUCGUACUGGAUCCAAGUGGAAAAUAUACCCCACUUAUGACUUCACGCACUGUUUAGUUGAUUCGUUUGAAAACAUUACUCAUUCCUUGUGUACUACUGAGUUUGUCUUGUCAAGAGAAUCUUACGAAUGGUUAUGUGAUGCUUUGCAUGUGUAUAGACCAGCCCAAAGAGAGUAUGGAAGAUUGAACAUGACGGGAACCAUUAUGUCCAAGAGAAAAAUUGCCAAGCUUGUCAAUGAAGGGUAUGUCAGAGGCUGGGACGAUCCACGAAUCUACACCUUGGAAGCCAUCAAAAGAAGAGGUAUCCCCCCUGGUGCUAUAUUGUCAUUCAUCAAUACUUUGGGAGUAACGACAUCUACGACAAAUAUCCAAACUACCCGGUUUGAGAGUGCUGUUCGCCAAUUCCUCGAUCAAACCACGCCUCGAUUGUUUUUAGUUUUGAAUCCAGUUGAAGUUCAUAUUGAUAACUUGGAUGACGAUUUCGAGUUGGAAGUGGAAAUCCCAUACAAGCCUGGUAAAGAUAUCAAUUCCUUGGGUAAUAGGAAAUUGAAGUUCACCAACCGGGUGUUUAUUGACGGCGGAGAUGUUCGCGAUGAACCGGCCGACAAAGAAUAUUACCGUUUGGCACCAGGACAACCGGUUGGGUUGUUGAAAGUACCAUUCAACAUUAUUUUCAAAUCGAUUGAAACUGUCAGUGGUAAAACCAUUGUGCAUGUUGACUACGACAAGGACCAAACUACAAAGAAGCCAAAGACUUAUAUCCAAUGGGUCCCCGUUAACAAUUGCAAACCAAUCAAGGAAGUUCGUAUCUACAACCAGUUAUUCAACUCUGAGAACCCUGCUGCCCAUCCUGAUGGGUACCUCGCUGAUAUCAAUCCUUCUAGUGAAGAUGUCUUGACCAAUGCUGUGAUUGAAUCAAAUUUUGAUGAGAUUGUCGCCAAGUCGCCAAUGAAUUUGACUGUACCUGGUUCACAAUUCAACAUCAAGGAGGAUAAGGGGAACCAUACUAUUCGAUUCCAAGCCUUGAGAGAGGGGUACUUUUGUGUUGAUAAGGACUCUAAAGAUGAUGCAUUGGUGUUGAAUAGAAUUGUCACUUUGAAGGAAGACGCUAAUAAGUAG